ACCGAUUACUGCCACUUACCUAAUUUCAGUGCCCUAAACGGGUUUUGUUUCUUGUUUUUCUUGUCGGACUGUGAUUCAUUGGGUAAGUAAGUGCUGGGGGUUCAUCCUCACUGUUGUUUCAGGACUGGGACAUCAUAUUUGCGUGAAUAUUUUGGAUAUUAGAUGAGCGAAAAGUUCUGCACCUCUCAUUUUGGACACCAGAGGCGUGUUCUUCACCAGCGUGAAAGUACGACACAACUUAAACACUUUUGUCCACCGAAAAAUUGAAUUAUUUCUACCGGGUGGAUGUUAAUUUUUCUCAACGGGAGUAAAAAUACAACUCCAAGUCCUUGACAGAAAUGCUAAUGCUGCGGUUGAUGGAGAAACAUUUCUAAAAAAUCACCCGCAGUGGACCUGGCGCCCCGCAUCAGUCUGCGUGCGCUUCAAAACAUUUAACUUCACCCCAUGUACAAUCAUAAUAUUGUUUGAAAUUCAUCCCAAAUCAGAUUCAUACAUUGACCAUAUGGCUUUGCCUUCUCAAAUUUGACAAUUACUUGGGACUUUCAGUUGAGGUCAUUGACUCCUUUGAAUGGAACAAAGGAGGUUGAUGUUUCUGAAUCUGCUUUCUUUUACAAACAUUCAGAGAUUUGUUCUCAGAGUCUUUCAGAUGUGGAUGUUGCGGUCACACCAUCUCCUCAAGCGCAGAGGGUUCUAGUGAAGUUCAACCCUCCACCAGUCUUUUGUCUCUAUUAGGUCCCAUUCAUUUGUCUUGUAGGAGGAACAUGGGAGUCCAGACGAGGGGAGCCUGGGUGGCUACGGCGUUCUCGGACUGGGUCAGUGGAUUGGGAAUUCUCUUAAUCUUCCUGAUGGAGAGUUUAGCAGUGGAUGCGACCAACAUGGAGCCAGUCUACUGGAACUCUUUGAACAGAAGGUUUGGAGAUGAGAGGGGCUACAUACUCUACCCUCAAAUAGGGGAUCGUUUGGACCUCGUUUGUCCUGCCACGAGUCCAUCAGGGCCGAACUCUCCUCCUGAGUAUGAGUAUUAUAAACUGUACCUGGUGUCCUCACGAGAGCGGGCCGACAGGUGUGAGGUGAUGGGCGCCCCGAACCUGUUGCUCACCUGUGACAAACCCAACAGCGAUAUGAGGUUUACCAUCAAGUUCCAGGAGUAUUCGCCCAACCUGUGGGGUCACGAAUUCAAGAACUUACGAGACUAUUACAUCAUAGCUACCUCUGACGGUACAAAAGAAGGGAUCGACAGCAUGAGAGGAGGCGUUUGUGUGACACGAGGGAUGAAGCUGGUUCUCAAAGUGGGACAGACCGCAUAUGGCCUUCCCCCAAAACCCAAACCUGAUCCAGGCCGUCCCAGCAACAGAAUCCCAGAUACAGAAAGUGGCUCUAAAGCAGGUGAUGAAGGUGAGGCCGGUGAGAGGGGAGACAGCGGGGCCGUGUCUGUCUCUAACAUCGCCCUAAUCGCCGGCGGUGCCGGGGGAGCCUUCAUCCUCCUGAUCGCCGUAGUGAUCGCUGUCGUGUGUUACCGGCGACGGAAGGCCAAGCACUCCGAAACUCACCAUCCUGCCCUUACGCUCUCCUCUCUUACCCCAAAGAGAGGCAACUCCUGCGGGGCAGCUAUGGGGGCCGGCGGGGGCAACAAUAUUGGCUCAGAGCCCAGUGAUAUCAUCAUUCCCCUGCAGACCUCUGACUCGGCGUACUGCCCCCAUUACGAAAAAGUCAGCGGCGAUUACGGACACCCCGUCUACAUCGUUCAAGAGAUGCCUCCUCAGAGUCCAGCCAAUAUUUACUACAAAGUAUGAGAUCAGAGAACAUGCAGACAACCCAUCCAGAAUUGAUGGUACCUCACACACAUGUGCUGUGUCCAAGUGACUCUAUAUUUAAGAGCCUAUACGUGAUACUAGAACUUGGAUGUGAAGUUGAGUUCUAGGAAAGUGGUAAAUCAAGCUUUUAUGUCAUAGCAGCGUUUGCAUUUAUUUACAAGUGUGUGUGUGUGUGUGUGUGUGUGUGUGUGUGUGUGUCGGGCGGAUCACAGAUUUCACAUGUACUCAGGUGCAAGUGAAUGUACGUCACACGCUUGUUGGAGAUGAGUUUAUACGUCCAUUCUGAUGGUUGAAAUUGAGUUAUUGUGCUUAUCCUCAAAACCAAACAGUAAAGAGUGAUUCAUAAAAAAGAAUACCUGUAUAAAUAAUAUAAGUACUUCUUACAUUUUUACCCUCGGGGGGAAAUUCACUAAGAAAGUGCACUGGCUGAUUGCGUCGUUUAUUUACACAUGCAUUGUUUUAGUGGUCCAUUCACUAACAAUAAAAACGCGCCCAAAAAAUCUAAACACCAUCUCCACGCCACAAUUCGCCACCUGCGGACUGGUGCAAUCUGGCGUACUUUACUGGUACUGUACAGUAUCGCUAAGAUCCAGAAAACGGACUGACACUUUAAAAUGCCAAAAACGGUUUUGACUAGAUAUGUUUCCAUUUCAAAAGCUUUUUUCAUUAUUUGAUCAUCAUUUGAUGAAUUAUCGCUGCCAUUGUCACUAGACAUUUUAUACAAUCAUCUUUUUUAAAUAUUAGCUCAACUGCGUCUUUUUAGGCGGUUUUGAAUACCGGAUGUCUUUUGACGGAAUCUGAUGAAGACACUGAAUUCAAUAAUCCUUGCGCUUUGGAACAAUCUAAAAUUUUUAGUGUAGUUGGCAGAAUCAAGCUUUUUUUAGCUUAGUUGGAACUAUAAUAGAAUGUUUGUGCAUUCUAAAAUAAGACUAAUUUGCAUAGAAAGGAGGCGUGUUUGCGCGGAAAAGGCAAAAAUUAUUGAAUAAUUCACUGAAAUUUUUUAAACACUAUUCCAUUGCAAAAAGCACUUGUUAAACUGGAUUGCGUGUGGCUAGUGAAUGAGACGCCGAGUGUACCGGGCGUAAAAGUAGCGCAACUGUUUAGUGAAUUCGCCCCUCUUUUUGUUUUUCUAAGUUCAUCUGAUUGUAAAUGUUUGUCUGUUCUGAACUCGGACCUCCAUCUGAUUUAUUUAUUAAGCAUCAAAGAAACAGUUUUUCAUUCCUUCGAUUUCAUCAGCUUCCUAUUGCAGCUCCUCAGCACCCGGUUGUUUGUUUUUGAGGUUUUUUAAACAUUUUUAUGUGAGCAGCAGGAAUCACAUGUGGAGGAGGUGUAGACGGACGAUCAACUGUUUCAGAUGGAGACUCUUCUGAGAUUGGAGGUCAAAGUUAAGCGGUCAAAGAAAAACCCUUCAGCGGUGCGCGGGAGUCUCUGCCCGGCCUUUUGAAGUACUGUGUAUGCCAUGAUAAACUGCUCACUUACCCUAGACACACAAUGCCAAACUUAUACACACUUAACACGCACAUCCACAUUACAGCAGUUUGUGUUUUCAUGUGUUAACCCCCACAGAGGGACUCCAGCUGUGCGUUGGUAUGUUGCUCAGAGCAUUGUGGUUCAGGCCGAAGACAGUAGGACUAAGACAGCCUGUGCAUCUAAAUUAACUCAAUCACAAACUCUCCACAUCCUCUUGAGUGUUACACAUAUCCGUUGCUUGGUUACAAUCUCGUCUCGACUCUCAUCACAUUUCGGGCGAUGUCUCCAAACCAUCUCUGACAUUAUCACCCUGUGCCAGCAUGAGGCUUCAGGUCCACAGUUCACCUGAGUUAUUUCUCUGGAUGAGACAUGACAUCAUCGUGAGAUGUAAGAAGAGACAGGAUGUUACCGGCCGGAGUGACCUGAGCUUUCUGGUUCAGACUUCUCUCUGCCCACGUUGAUUUAAGGAUUUCUUGCCGUCAUUACCACAAAUGACUAACAACCAGAAAUGGCACAUUUAUCAUUUUACUUAUUUCUGUUAAUGUAUUUUUUAUGUUUUUGUUCUUCCCAUUUCAUUACUUUCGACAGUGUUAAUUCGUUUGUAGAUUGAGCAAAUGAGAGUAAUCUAAAUUAAGGAAAACAAAUUCAGUUUUAUCCAACCUACCCUGCUUGUGUCCGUGGUAACCCUCAAUGGUAACUAGCGUUGGGAACUGCAAGGAAUUAUCAAUUGUGGUUCUGAUUCCCCUUAACUGCUCCAGUGACUAUUCUUUCAGGACCUCUGAAUAAAGACAUUGGGGGGGGAAGAGGUGUGAUUUUUAUGGCAUUUACUGUCUUUAUCAGUCUGUUGCCAGAGUUUUUAGUGGUGACAUAAAUUCAAUCCAAUUAGUCCUAACUGUGUAUUAAAUAAAAAACU